UGGUGCGGGGUUAGAAUCUGUCGUAAAUGAACUUAGAAGUUUUAUCUCGUCGGUUUCGCAAAAUUGCGAUACGUUCAAACCGAUGUUCGGAAAGUGACUCGGCGAAAAAUGGACGGUCUCGUGUGCUGGUUAUUGUCCCUAGUGACUCUCAUCUCAGUGCAAGCGACUAAUUCCAUGGGAGGAAUAUGUCCUUCCCCUUGUAUGUGUAAGUGGAAAGGAGGUAAACAAACGGUGGAGUGCAUGGAACGGGGACUGAUAACAAUCCCCGAAAACAUAGACACAGAAACACAAGUUCUCGAUUUAUCUGCUAAUAAUCUCCAGAUUCUCCCUCGAGAAACGUUCAUAAGAUCGGGCUUAGUGAAUCUCCAGCGAGUCUAUUUGAGGAGCUGUCGAAUUGGACAAAUUGACAGCCUCGCCUUCAGAGGUCUAACGAACCUCAUUGAAUUGGAUCUCUCGCAAAACUUGCUGACUGCCAUUCCAUCGGAAACUUUCAAAGACAUCCCUUUUCUUCGAGAUUUGAUUAUGUCGAAUAAUCCGAUUCAGAAAGUUGAAUCGCGUGCAUUCCAAGCCAUCCAUGGAUUGGUGAAGUUGGACUUAUCUAAUUGUGAAAUCCAAAACGUUGCGCCGAAAGCUUUCGAGGAUAUUGAAAUGUUGGAGUCGUUGAAACUGAAUGGAAAUCGCCUAUCAGAAUUGAGACUUCGAACCGUCGAAACUUUGAGUCGGCUGCACGGUGUUGAGCUGCACGACAACCCUUGGCAUUGCGAUUGCCGUCUAAGAUCUGUGAAGGAGUGGUUAGUGAAGAAUAACAUCCCUUAUCCAGAAGAUCCGGUUUGUAGCGGAGGCCCCGAAAGAGUGAUUCAUAAAACGUUUUCAGAACUGCACGUAGACGAUUUUGCUUGCAAACCAGAAAUCCUUCCAGUUAGUCGUUAUAUCGAGGCUAAAUCCGGCGAAAAUGCGAGUAUAAUAUGCAGAGCCAAUGCCGUCCCAGCAGCUCAAGUGAAGUGGUAUUGGAACGGGCGCCAACUAAUAAAUAAUUCAGUAUUUUCUCCCAACCAGAUGAUUCAUGUUCACGAAGAAGGAAAGCAGGAAAAAAGAAGUAAUCUCAUACUUACGAACGUACAAGAAGUUGACAGCAGCGAGUUUUAUUGCGUGGCUGAAAAUCGGGCUGGCAGUUCCGAAGCGAAUUUCACACUUCGAGUUUCCCUGAAACCAAUGGGAAUCACUUCCCUAGGGAAUGGACAAAUAGCAGGGCUCAGCGCAGCUUUAGUUUUUCUGAUUCUCUUUAUAUUAAUUGUUAUUUCCAUUCUACUUACUAGACUGAGAAGGAUGCCUUUUGCAGAGAGCAAAACACCAGGCCAGUUAGAAGUGGUGACGGUUAUCAAUGGAGGAACCUUAUCUAACGGUAAAUCAGCAUCGUCCCAAAUGAGUUCUCCUGUAGAACCUCCUGCUUUCACAGAAAAUAAAUCACCCUCAGAACUGAACUUCUGCAAUCCUGUGCAAAAGCCUCCUCGUUUAAAUGACAUUCCGUAUUCGACUGCCCAUUACAAUGGAAACGGUAGUAUCAUGUCUAGUUCUUGUUUCGUGUCUCCCUCUCAUUCCGGAAAUAAUCCUGACUUAAUAAAUGAUGCAAAGGUUUCUGAAAUCGAAGAGACAAUUCCAGAUCCGAAUUCAUCGGAAGUUAUUUUCGAUAAGUCUGUUAGUGGUGAAUAUAGCAGAAACACAGAUUCUUUGUACCCUUCUGGGUUAUGGGAAAACGACAAAGUUCAUAUAAUCAGAAACAACGCUGGGUUCCAUUACAAUGAUAAGACUCCUAUAAUUGGAGACGGAACUAGUACUGGUGGUUCGGCAGAAGAACUCAACUUCAGACUUGCUCAAGGAACCAAUCGCGGGGCAACUUAUCCCAAGGACUACGGCCUCCCAAUGACUGAAACUAAACUUGAAAAUCAAAUUCUUACAUCAGCUACACAAGUCAGCCUACCAGCUAACGCUAAAACUCUGAGGGUGUGGCAAAAGGGAGCAGUGCCCGUCCUUCCACCAGUAACAGCCCUGAAAAGAGUCAUGAACCACAAUAGGAAUUCUCCCGAUGAGGGUUAUCAGGAAGGAUGUGGUACCGACGUUUAAACGUCCGAAAAUGAUAAAAUACCAAAGACUCGGCAUGUUCCUACAUUGUAUGAAAUUAUUGUAUUUAUCUGCAGAGGACUGUCUAGAUUUGCUCAAGUCGACUUCUGACUCAGUGCUGUUGAGUUUUGCAGAAACGCAUGUGUAAAUAUAAAUUGUAUUCUCCCUGUGUGAUAUUUGACUGGUAGUCAAAAUAUUUGUGAAUAUUGUGAAUAAUAUAGUUAUGACGACGUUUACGUAUUAGGUAACUAAUGGAGUAUACACGGUCAAAAGACUGAUUUAGAGAGUUUUUUUAUAUACGUAAUAAUACCUAGAAAAAUAUUUUGCAAUUUGAACAUUUCUAUUGGGUGGGUAUCUUGUAGUAGAAAAACUAACUCAAGUUUCAGGUACCAAUAGGUAAUUUUAAAAACUAUUUUAGCAAAAACAGGAUAAAAUAUAAUUCAUGCCGAGCCUAGUGCUUCAAUUAUCAAAAAAAAUAGUUUCUAGUCUGUUUAUUUCAAUAAUGAUCAACGUAAGUGAGUACCUACACACUGUCAAAAAUAAAGGUAACAAACUCUAUAAAGUAAGUAAUGUCACUUGCAGUAAAAUCAUUGGAAAAUAUUUUUUAAUUGUCAAUUAAUUAUCAAGAAUUUGUCGUGAAAGAAAAAUAAUUCUGCCAAUUCACCUUUUUUGUAAGUGGUAGCUUGAUAAAACUUAAAUGUAUGUUAUCAAUAUUUGUCGAACGCAUCCCAGAAAGAAUUUGUCUUAGGAAGAAACCGUUCUCAUCUAAGUGAUGUAUGCCUAGCAUUGAGUUAUUGUAACUUAUACGGCAUCCCUGGAUAUUAUGGAAUUUUCCGUGUCAUACCUUGUGUUGUAAAAGUAUUUUACUGCAUAUGUCAACACGGCAAUAUGGAUAUUUGAUUUUUCCACAAUUUUUCAAAAAUAUUGUGAAAAAAAUUUGCAGUGUAGUUCCUUUUUUAUGUUAGGAAAAGUGAAUUGAAAAUUGUAACUGAAUACUUUUUUUUGCAAUUAUCUACGUAUUUGUCGUGUCUCUUUCAAUAAUCCUUCAUGAAUAAGAAACAAUUGUCGCUCUUUUCUGUUAUGGAUAUUUUUCAAGUGAAUAUCGCAACUCACCCUGAAUCAAAAAAGUAGACAAAACAUUUUUUUUUAGAAAUUAUAGCAUUUUUGGUGUUAUACUUUCACUUCAAUUAUGUACUAGGUAGCAACCUCGGUACCAACGCCGAAUCCAAAUAUUAAAUAAUUCAUCAAUUUCAUCGAACCAUCGAGAACAGAAAAAGUAUUGAUCAGUUGUCAGUUGAGUUUAAUCAAGAAUUUAACACUAAUUGAAAAAAAUUCAAGAGCGACUUUGUGUUUUUAUUCAUACACGAUUUUUCUUUCCUAAUAUCGCUUCUUUCAUGCAAAUAAUAUGCACUACGAAUCAAUUCUAGUUUCUUUAGGUCACCAUUUUCAGAAAAAACUUAUUAAAAAAUCAAAUAUACCUAUUGCGAUGUUGCCACAUAAUGCAAAAUAUUUUCACAACACAAGGUACGACUUGAGAAAUUCUAUAAUCUCAAGAGUAAUACGUUUUAAAAUUUAUUAUAUCGAAUGAGUUACGACGUAAUUAUUCGAGAAAUGUUGGUGAUAUAAGAUUCAACAUUUGAAACAUGAUAAUCCAUAUUAAAACUGAUUAUUACAGUUCAUUGUAUGAUUUUCACUAUAAAGGGUUUUACAAAAUCCGCGACACGUGUUUUCCUAUACGCUUCCUCAAUCGUAAACUAGGCGAUUGAGGAACACGUGUCGCGGUUUUUGUAAAACCCUUUACAGUGAAAAUCAUACAAUAAAUUGUUUUAAUCAGAUUUGAGUUUUAUUGAAAAUUACAUUAGGGUUACUGCGCAAGUUAGCGGUAUCCCUACCUCUUACAAAAGGUAGGAGAGCAACAAUUAUUUUUAUUUCACGACUAAUAUUCGACAAAAAAAAAAUACUUAUUCGAUCAAGGUAAAGUUAAAGUUUUACAACUGAGUUAAUGUUCAAAUAUUUUCCUAACCUCCAAUUCAAAUUAAAUCUGUUCUGACCCGACAGUAAUGUUAGUGGAAUCAUAGUGAAGGUGGGUAUAUGCACCAAGUCUCAAGUACUCACUCAUGAAUCUUAUGUUUUAGUCGUGAAGAUUCAUUUUAGCAAACUACCACUACACGCUAACAGCACUUAUAGAAAUGUUCUCGUUGAAAAUCAUAGAUUCAACUUCCUUAUGAUUUAUUAUUUUCGACAUUUGAUAGGUGCAUGAUUCCACCUUCUUUUGAGAACUUAUAAAUGUUCAAUACUGAUUAACCUAUUGAAAAAAUUUGAAAACUGUAUUAUUGUUCUUUCUAUGAUACCGUGAUUUAUGGUUUUUAGUUCUUACUUACCAGCUACUAAAGUGUUUUUUUGGCAAUGUAUUUGUGAAAUUUGCAUAUUUUGAAACUCUCACGACCUUGUUCAACAGAAAUUUCAUUUUAACCAAGGAUUGCAAGAAUUUCAAUUCAGUAAAUGUAUUCAAGUACAUUUUUUUAAUUGCUUUAUAGUGAUUUUGCAAAUGAGUUUUGACACAGAAACCUUUCAGAUAUUCCACCUGAAAUCACCCACUAAUCUGACGUAAUAUGUUAAUUUGAAAUGAUGAAAGUCAAAGUCUGAAAAAAAUUUGAAUUAACAGUCUU